ACGAGCAUUCACGCGCAGGUCAUAAACAAGACUUUAGAGCUGGGGAAGAGAAUACUUAAUUUGGCUAUGCCGUCAACGUAAGUGUAUUUUGAAUAUGACAUUAAUUCACUAUUUAUAUUAAAUUUGCAUCGGAUGGAAAUUCAUAAGAUUUGGCUUGACAGCGGGACGCUAUUGCAGGUGCGAUUCCAUUAUCACAAAAUGCAUUGAACAUUGUGUGAGCCUCGAAAACAAGUUUGGGUGUCAACAUUCGUUACACCUGCCACCUAGGGAAAUGGUUGCUGCCAUUAUCGGUGCUGCAGCUUGAGGAAGCAACAAAUGCUGCCAAUUAACAUUGUUUCUGAUCGCCUGGUCAAGUCACUAACAAAGCUACACUCAAAGAUUGAAUAAAUUCGUUAACUGAUAGGGAAUUGGCACGUGAUGCAUGCGUUGUUGAAAUGUCUGAAAGAAAGCAGAUUCAAGUUGGAAAAGAUACUGGCAGGGUGAAGGUAUAUGUGAGAAUACGACCGCUGAACCGAGAAGAAAAUGCAACUAAAACACAAAGUGUGCUGCAGGUCUCGAAGGAGCUCUCGCAGAUUUCUGUUGGCCCUGAUGCAAAGACAAAGUCUGAUAAAAUUUUCCAGUUUGAUCAUGUGUUUUCACCUGACGUAACCAAUCAGCAGGUCUGUGAUCAACUGAGCAAGCCAAUUGUAAAUUCUGCAUUAAAUGGUUUUAAUGGUACUUUGAUAGCAUAUGGCCAAACUGGAACAGGGAAAACACACACUCUUAUGGCAGCUGAUGGAAUUACUCAUGACAUCAUACACAGAGUGUUUAAUAGUAUUAACAGUGACACCAAGCAUAAUUUCAAAGUUUCAGCUUCAUAUCUUCAAAUAUAUCAAGAAAAGAUUCAUGAUCUGCUAACAAACAAUACAAGAGUUGAGCUAUGCAUUAGAGAAAACUCUAAAUCAGGUAUAUAUGUUGAGAACCUCACUGAAUAUGUUAUUCGAAGCCCAGCAGAAGCCCUGGCCUUGAUUGCCUUCGGAAAACGAAGAUUGGUAUUUGCUGAAACUAAAAUGAAUAGAACUUCGAGCAGAUCACAUUCAGUAUUUCAACUUUCAAUUGAAAAAGCACCAAAGAAAGAGAAACAUACCACAGAGGAAAACACAUACAAAGACCUGCGGAGUAAAAAGUCAUCAACUAAAAGGACACCAGAGAGUGUCAUGGAAAGGAUGGGUUUGGAUGAAGAUGUUAUCAUAAAAGGCAAAAUUCAUCUCUGUGAUUUGGCUGGAAGUGAAAGAGUGAAAAAAACAUGUGCAUCAGGAGAAAGGCUGAGCGAAGCACAACAUAUCAACUCUUCUUUAUUAGAACUUGGGAAUGUCAUUCAAGCACUAGCUGACUCAAGAAAAAGCCAUGUUCCCUUCAGAAAUUCAGUGCUUACUAGGCUACUGCAAGAAAGUCUUGGUGGCAAUUGCAAAACCAGUUUAAUUGUUUGUGUCUCCCCAACAUUGAAAAACAUUCAUGAGACAAAAAGCACAUUGAAUUUUGGAUCACGUGCCAUGAGAGUCACAAAUACUGCUUUUGUGAAUAUGGAGGUUGAUUUUAAGAGGCUAUCUGAGAGUCUGCUGAAGAAACUGGAGCAACAAGAGCAUGAGCUUACAGAACUUCGCAGGAGCUGCAACAAGGAGUGGCAGUCAGAAAAACAAGAACUGGUGGAUCAAGUGGAAACAAUUUCAAGUGAGUCUGAAGCAGUGAUAAAAUCAUUGAAGACAAUGUACGAGCAACAAGUUGAACAUCUGAAAAGGAAAAUUGCAGAUGUUGAAAGUGAAAUUACUUCAAAAGAUAAUUGUAUUGCAAGUUUAAAAGAGGAACUCAAGAGUGCAAGAACAAAGGAGAUUGAUGAAGAUCGAAUUGCGAAAUUGCUCCUGCUCAAUGAAAUGACAAGUCUUGAUCUGCUUGCUGCAGCUGGAUGCGGUAACCAGUUAGAUGAUGUGUCAUGUAAAAAUGAUUGGAAAGCAGUUAGAAAUGCUCUUCUUGAGCACUGCUUAGUUCUCUUGCAGUACUCCAGUUUGUUUCUGAGUCAAGGAACUGCUAGUAACAACACAAUGCCAUUAUUUUUAAAUGCUGGUGGCGAUCUCAGUGUUGACACUGCUUUUGAAAGAAAGAUGAGUGGCCAGGAGAGAAUUCAGCAAUUGAAGGAAGUUUUAUGUCAAAGUAAGAUUAAAAUGGAUUGUGAACUUUCAAGGCUUUUUCAGGACCAUGCUAACAAGAAGUCUUGUGACAUCGAAGGCAGUGAUGCCCAGUCAAGCAAUGUGCUGGAAUUGUGCAAAAUUAUACUCGAAAAAGGACAUUUGUCACGUAAAAUAGCUGUUGAAAAUCAGGAGUUGCGAAUGAAAAUAGCUUCGAUACUUGGGGAAACUGAAGCAAACAAGGACGAAGUUAGAGCAAAGCAGGUUGAAAAUCAGAUUAGAAACAUGGAAGUUUUUGCAGAGAAAUUGAAAAUGGCUUUUGAUGUGCAAACCGAUGUGGAUGACAAAUUUUCAGGAUUUGAGUUUACAUUGAGUAAAAUUGAAGAUAUUCUUGCCGAAAAAAGUGGCAAGGAAGAGAAAGACGAUGCUGAAUUGAAAUCUCAAAAACAAAAAGGGAUUACCAGGAAUGAUAAUAACACAAAAAUGGAAACGAAAUCAUUAAAAGCAAAUAGUGAAAAAACUGGUCACAGUAGGGACUCAAAAGAAUGCAGAGCAGAGUUGCCUUUACAGGGGAAGGAAGCUCGUCACAAGCAAUAUUUGGAGAGAAAUAAAGGCAAGGAGCACCAAGGAACAAACAAUGCUACCAAAGUUGAAGCUUUUUCAAAAUUGAUCCAAAUUAAACAAGAGGAUAAUUUGAUGCAAUUUAUAAAACAGGAGGAAAAAGAAAAUAAGGCCCCUCACCUUGAAAAUUUUGUUUCUUUGCACAAAGAAUUGACCAAUUUCGAUUUACCUGAAGAAAAAGCAUUUUUAUCAAAUUUUGUUUCUGACGUCAAGGAAAUAGAAAACUUCAUAAAUGAGUGCAUUGAUGUGGAAGGAGAAAUAUCCAAAGUCAAGGCGGAACUAGAGAGGAAAAAGAAAAAAGAUCUUGAUGUGAUAAAAUAUGGAAAGAAGAAAGGUAGAAAAAAGGGUAUCGAUGCUUUAAAUGAAUUUAGUUCGUUUGCUGCCAACGGGAUUUCAGUAAAUAGGAAUUUGGUUCAAAGAAUUCACAACCAGCAAAUAAUUGGACAUGGUAAAAGUGCUUGCAUGACAGCCAGUAAGAAAGCAUUGGCAGUUCAAGAACCUUUUCACAUGUCAAUCAUUAGCAAAACACAACACAUUAACGAACUUUGUAUGCCAUCGCAGUUGAUUCAAGGGGGCUACUAUGUCCCAUCAUUUCUCUUUUUCCCAGUGGCAUUGCACCCACCAAUGCAUCCCUGCUGCUUUCAGUGCAAGGCAGAUGCAUUAAGCUGUUGCCAUGACUGCUCAAAUUACGACGACUGGAACGCAGCUCAGCCUGCACAGCUUUGCAAGCGUUUGUUAGGAGCUCCUUUUGAUGCAACAAUCAACAAUCGAUUUGCUGGAGAGUACCUGUGUAGCGAAAGUGAAAGCAAUGCGAUUGAAAACGAGCUGAUAAGCAAAAGUGCAGCCGAAAGCAACAAAACACUGCAAAGGGCAUCAGACAUGACUUCAAACGAAACAGAUUUACAAACUCAACGCCAAGGGGAAAAUAGAGUGACAGGUUAUGAACGAGAUUUUUUUUUGGAAGACAACUGGGCUGGGAAGCAGCAGGUCUCUUCAGUUCCAGGACUCAACCAAUACUUAGGGAGAAAUGUUGAUGGUUUUGAUGAACAUCAACGUGCCCAUAAUUCUGUGGACUCCAAGUCUUUGAAAGGUGAAAACGAGCAACUAAAUGUAUUAUUUGAAAAUGAAGGUGAACCAAUUACCAGGGUAACUGCCUCUUACGAUGAGCACCUGAGAGAGCUGGGCAUCCAAUCCAUCGAGUCUUGCAAAUGCAAGCAAGCCCCUUCAUGGAAUGACUGUGAACAUGGAACGGCUAACGCAUUAACUAUAUCCAAAAGCACUGACAACGAUUCUCUCACAUCUGAUGAAGAACUAGACCGAAAACUCGGAUACCUAGUUGACGAAAAUAGUACCGGAUUUGUAGACGAUUGCCAGGGGAAAAAACUUGAUACUAAAUCAGGGGCUAAUUUGAAACGAACGAUAUCCUUCGAGAAACUGUUGAUUCGAGACUGUGGUUUACUUGAAGUUCAAAUAUCAACAGGAGUCACUCAGAACCAAUACGGAGAUUCGUUUUUGUCCCCCCUGGUGAAAGAUGAUGGUGACAUUGAAUAUAUGCUAGAACAAGAAAAAGAAUGCGACGUCAUUGAACCGGAAAUGGAACCUGAUGACAACGCUGAAAAUCAACAAGGAGUUGUUGUCAAAAAAUCUUGGUCCCUAUCCAAGUGGUUUUGGUGGAAAAAGGGUCCAGGAUACAAAGCUCCAGUUGUUUCUGUUGUCAUCCAAUGA